CCGGGUGGUGAGGAUGACCGGGUGGUGAGGACUUUAGUUCCUAGAGCUUGGACGCGUAGCUAGCUCAACGACAGGAAACACAAUAUUUAUCUGUUGGUGGCUGCUAGGACUCUUAAUUAACACUAAAUUAUGGCUGUGAACACAGGAACCUCUCUGGUGCUGUCCAGUCUACUCUCUGUCCUGGUGUUUGCUGGGAUGCAGAUGUUCAGUAAGCAGCUGGGCUCUACAGAGUGGCUCACCAUCCUGGGAGGUUUCCUGGGCUCAGUCCUCUUCAUCUGCUCCCUCACUGCAUUUAAUAAUCUGGAAAAUUUGAUUUUUGGGAAGGGAUUCCAAGCCAAGAUAUUCCCAGAGAUUCUGUUGUGCCUUUGCCUCUCACUGUUUGCCUCUGGUUUGGUACACCGUGUCUGCGUCACCACAUGCCUGAUAUUCUCUCUCUUUGCCCUGUACUACAUCAACAAAAUAUCCGCGGCUCUCUACCAAGCAGCUGUUCCUGCAGUAACGCCAGCUAAAGCAGCCAGCAAGGGCAAAAGGAAGAACUGAUAAGUCCAUCUGCAUCCAAUAAAUCUGUCAAUAUUACACAGGUUCAACUGGCCACUGCAACAGAGCACUUGCAUAUUUUUGCAUCAUUUCUUAAGAAAAAAACCUUGUUCAAUUCACUAUCUUAUAAAAUAAUUUGAAAUAACUCUCAGAUAAGGAAGCCCAGUUUCUAAAAUUUAUAAGCAGUUUGUCAUCAGAGUUCUGUUUUAUUUUAUCAUAUUUUUUUAUUGUUUUGAUUUGAUUCAUGGAGAUAUGCCUCUGGAAUUACACAUUCCACUGAUUCCCCCUUUGUCUGUACUGUUUUUACCGACAACUGGCUGCAAAGAGAUUCUGACUUGUCUUUAUGCUAUUAGUGCUUUCAUCAGUAUGUUAAGUUUCUGUUUUUGUUUAAUUCAUUUUGUAAUUAAACUGUAAAAGUCUCA